AUGGCAACAAAUCACCUCACCAAGAUACCCUUCUCCGACCCACCUUACCUAUUGGGCAUGCCCUCCCCAUUCUACCAAGAAAAACACCUGAGAUUCCAAAAAGCCUGCCGAGCAUGGAUGGAAGAGCACUUCGUGCCCUUCCACAUGGACUGGGAAAAUGAAGGCAACCUCCCGACAGACCUCUUCGACAAAUUCAACAGCUACAACAUGCUAGUCCCCAACCUCCCCUCCCCUCUCCCUGUUAAAGAACUACACGCCCAAGGCAUCAAAGACAUUCUCGGAACCCCCGUCGAAGAGUGGGAUUACGUGCACUCGGGCAUCUGGAUCGACGAGGCGCAUCGAUCCGGUCUCGGAGGUCCGACCAGUGGUCUCACGGCAGGAUUCGCAUACGCCAUUCCUCCCAUCAUCAAGUACGGCUCACAAGCGCUCAAGGAUAAGUUUCUUCCGGAUCUGUUGACGGGACGUAAGAGGACGUGUAUUGCGAUUACGGAACCCGGGGCUGGAAGCGAUGUGGCGAAUAUUGAAACUACGGCGGAGAAGAGCAAAGAUGGCAAGGUUUAUAUUGUGAAUGGAGCGAAGAAGUGGAUCACGAAUGGGAUUUGGUCGGAUUACGCCACCAUGGCUGUGCGGACUGGUAAGGAGGCGGGAGCAGCGGGGUUGAGUCUUUUGGUCGUACCCCUCAAAGCUCCGGGGGUGGAGAUGAGGAGGUUUACAGUGACGGGGACGAAGACGGGUGGUACGACGUUUAUUGAAUUGGACGAUGUGCGGGUGCCGGUGGAGAACCUUAUCGGCGAGGAGGGCAAGGGGAUGUUGUAUACCAUGACCAACUUCAAUCACGAACGAUUGAUGAUAUCCCUCGCGACGACUAGACAAGCCCGCACGGCUCUCAGCACUGCCUUCGCCUAUGUCAUGAAGCGGGAAGCUUUCGGCAAGGCCAUCAUCGAGCAGCCUGUCGUCCGACAUCGCCUUGCCAAAGCCGGAGCGGAAUUGGAGACGCUGCAGAGUUGGCUGAAUGAAUUUCUGUACCAGAUGAAUCAUUUGCCGAAGAAGGAUGCGGAUUUACGAUUGGGUGGGUUGACUUCUUUGGCCAAGGCCAAGGCGGGCAUGGUGUUGAAUGAGUGCGCGCAAGUGGGCGUGUUGUUGCACGGUGGCAAUGGCUUUACAGAAAGUGGACAGGGAGAGCUGGUGGCCAAGAUCUACCGCGAUGUUUUUGGUUCGAGGAUUCCGGGAGGUUCUGAGGAUGUGAUGCUUGAUCUUGCAAUCCGACAAUUGUUGAAGAACUACCAACGAGCUACGAAGGAGAUGGAGAAGAGUGGAGGGGCCAAGUUGUAG